GGCGGCAUCUCCAUGGUAACAGUGACGCGCUGACGCUGAGCGGAGGGGCUGAGACAGUGCGCGCUCACGGCCGUACGUGCGCAUCUCCGGGUUGCAUCGCUUGUUGGAGUGUGGUGCGGAGCUCUGCGGCCGGUGCUCGGUGUUACCGGGACUGUCAGGCCGUUCCAGGACCGGGCAUGGAUCCCGAUAUCGCAUCCCGAGCCGGACAUGGGUUGGAGCCGCCGGGCAGGAUGUGACCGCUUCCGGCGCUCUUUACUUUGCAGACGGCUGCGCACUCCGCUAGCAUGUUCCUUGUGAAUGUCCCUCCACUGGCAGCUUUUCAGACGCAAUGGACUCCAUUUGGACACAACGCCGCCCGUAGAGUAGCAGAGUCCCUCUCUCCGUCUUCCCAGGUCUCCAGUAUUCCCAUAACUACCAAUGUUCAAGGCAUUCUAGACAGUCAUCAGAAUGAUGUGUCUUCUCUACCUGUGACCAUCGAAUAUGAGCGUAUUAUGCAGAAGAAUAGAAAGGGGGAACCUAACAUUGACAGAGGACUGAAAGCUAGUGCCACGCUGUUUAAAGGGCACCACAGUGAAAAGGCCACGCUGGUAGUUCCGCCACAAUUCAAGCAAUAUAAAGGAGAGAGCUCCCAGCUGGGGACUCUUGCUCUGGACUCCGAUAGCGAUGACUCUGUUGACCGAGACAUUGAAGAAGCUAUUCAGGAGUACUUGAAAAACAAAGGCAAUGUGGCCCCGUUGUCCGACGUAGCAAAGAGCCCAAGCCGUAGCGAUAAUGAUGCGGAAAGGCUAAAAGCAGCUCAGUGUAAUGUACCGGCGAGGAAAUCUCCUGUGAAAAUGGUGACGUCAACCAAUGUCUGCGACGCUUUCACGCUGCAGGGUCAGUCCCGUUCUUCCUCGCCGGGCAGUGAUGACUCCUUCGAGCAGAGCAUCAGUGAUGAGAUCCAGCAGUUUUUAAUAAAUAAGAAACUGCAGAACAGCACCAGGGAGGCCACGUCUGGGAGCAACAACAACACGACUGUCAAACCAAAGCAAAAUCAUAUCAAGGCCGUCGAUAAACAAGCCCCCAAGCAAGGAAUUAAGGGUCUAGCUGGCAAGCCUCCACCUGACAGUCUUAAUGCGCAGCCGAAACAUCCUCCGAAACCAAAAGCUGAAAGUUUAAAACCUAACUUCUGCCUCAAACCAGCGUCUGCUCCCCACAAGCGGCAUAAGCUAAAGGAAGUCGUCUCGAGGCAACGUGUAGAACUCUCCGACUCUAGCAGCGAUGACGGUAUCGAGGAAGCAAUUCAGCUCUACCAGCUGGAAAAAAGCCGUCUGGCAGGCGGUCACGGCGCUGUGGAGAAAGAAGCAAAAAGCGCAGUCAUUGCAGCAUCGAACUUUAGUCACUGCCUGGAUAAAACCUAUUCUCCUGAAUCCCCUAAGAAGACGGACUGCAGAAAAAGGAAACUGCCUAACAGCAGACACGCGGCAUCUGAAGACUCCUUAGGUUGUCACCCGCUCACAAGUAAAAGGACAUUUAAUCUUGGAGAUGACAGAAGCCCGACACGCGAAGUCGGAGUACAGGCGACGCGCAGGGCUGAAACGGCUGCUGAGUUAAUGUGCGCUGAAGCAAUACUUGACAUUUCUAAAGCAAUUUUACCUUCAAAAUCAGUAAGUACUCUUGCAGCUUCACAGGAAACGCCCUCCGCUCAGCCGGUAGCCUCCGACGCCAGUGACAGCACAGUCGACAGCGACGACAGCAUAGAACAAGAGAUAAGAACGUUUUUGGCUCGCAAGGCUCACGCUGAAAGCCUGUGCACAUCCUCGGAGAAACAGCCAUUGCCAAAGGAGCUGAGGCCUGAACACGUGAAGCACCAAUCUCUUUCCAGUAUCAAGCCACUGAAAAGGAAAUCAAAUGAGAACACUUUGCAGAAAGACUUGGUGGAAAAAGGUGGAAACUUGGAAAAGAGAUCUUCGAAGGUCGACCCCAGUGCAGUAAACUCUGCCUUACCCCAGAAUGAAAACUUGCUGGGCAAAAGUGCAAAAAUCUGCACGGAGGAACAGUCGGACGAGGCCAAGCAACGCAUUUUCAAGGCUGUAGAAAGUCUUGAGUCCUCUCCAGGGUUGAGCGGCUGUAAGAGAAAGAUGUACAUGAAAAUGAGGAGUAUUUGCAGCGGUGAUAAGAGCAGCUCUUUGGACAGCGAUGAAGAUCUAGAUUCGGCUAUAAAGGACCUCCUGCGGUCAAAGAGGAAAUGCAAAAAGAGACCGAAAGAUGGUAGACCGCAGUGCAAGAAAAAAGUCCAGUUUGGCGAGACAACAGCCAGGCCUCUAGAGACCUUUUUUGGCAGUAGCGAGCAAAAUUACAGCAGCUCUAAAGCUCCCGCAGUCAAGGGCCACCUUGUAAAUUGUAAUGACCCAAAAGUAAACUUAAAGUCCAAAACAAAUAUGAAAUUGAAAGAAGAGAUAAAGAGCACCGCAGGAAAUACCGAUUUGUCCUACUCUAGUGACAAAUCCGUUGAGUCUAAACCAGCUUGUGCCUCCGACAGGUCUAUGAAAUCGAACAGUGCCUUACCUGCUGUACAAGACAGUAGCUCCGUGGACAGUGAUGACAGCAUUGAGCAAGAAAUAAGAAAGUUUUUGGCCAAGCGAGCUCUGGAGUCUGCCGAGAUUUUAGCAACGCAAAAGACACCCUCUACUGUUACCAGCCCUAACGUCAACAAGGUGGAAGCUUCUCCAGCCUGCUUGAGCAAUCCUCCCCCACCUGUAAAGCAAGAACCCAGAGUUUUGUCUCGUUCUGUGACCGAGACGAUACUUCAAAAAGUCAGAGAGAAAAACAGAUCCCUCGCCCCCAUGACACAGCCGGCGGUGAUACAGCGGGUGUGUGGUUUUAAAGAUGGCGUCGCACGAGUUGGACGUCUGCACCAACACCCUGCGGACAUACCCAAGGGAGUUACCCCUGUGCACAGUGUCAUUGUGAAGAGAAGUUGCGUAGUGGAGCAAAACCGGAUCAUAAGACCGGCCGAGAAGACUCCCGAAAGAGUGGUCGUAAAAACUGGAGUGAACGGUUCGCAAGGGAAUGUCCCCCUUUCUGGUAACUUUGUUGCAGGUCUUAAAUACAUUUCCGGAACUGAGCAGCAGCUCCUUUUAAACCUAGGGAAAACUGGCGCUACCAGGGUAGCGACUGAAAUUUACAAUCCCGGAGGGACCAUCAGGCAGUUGGGAAGUUGUCAGACAGUCCAGAAAAAAACGUUGAUUUUGGAACAGCCUAAAGUGGUACAAGCGCCUGCUUUCUCAAUCGGGGCUCCCGUGGUCCGUCCGGCUUUGUACGUCGUGACGACCAAAGUGGUUCAGGACGCUUCCAGCCCGUUGUGUCUCCCCAUCAACACAGCAGCUUAUGACUCUGGUCUAAAUCUUAUGAGUAUACAGUACUGUCACGGUCAGGUAGCCUCACACCCUUCAGCACGUGCCGCCCCAUUUUCCUUUCAGCCGAACCGAAGCAGCGAGAUCAUGGGCAGUGCCCCAGACAAGGCAGGAGAGGUAUCAUCCCUCAGUAACACAGCCAGAGAAGGGCUAGAAGGUGGCGUCAGGCCUGGGAAUUUUAAUGAGAAAGCGGAAGCCUGUAGUAGCAGUGUGAGAAGCAGCGACAGCUCAGUGCAGAGAGAUAAGGUCUCCGGCCGAUCAGCCAUCGAUCCAGGGUCGACAGUGCAGCCUUACAUAGCACUGUCUCCUGAGGGAAUGUGUAAUCGCUCUGCCAGCAUUAGAAGAACUUGUAUGCUGAUAUCCCAGGAGAAGAAGAUAAGCGCCCUUCACAGAUGGCUCCGACCCUGCGGGGUUACUGAAGACUUGAAGUCUGGUUAUCACUGGACAAGGAAAAGAAUAUAAAUGAAGCUGCGUCCAAUCUUCCUGUCCACUCCACAACGUUCCACACAGUGAUGUGUAAAUGGAAGAAAGAACCAUUUCCUCCGCAAUCAUUUUAUGGAAGUAUUAACAUUCACAUGAAAAGGUUUUUUGUAUGAAAUCAGAGUCAUUUUUCUUGUUUUUCCCCAAGUGUUUAUUGUCUGCAGAGAAACGCUGGUCAGAUGCAUCAGGACAAUGCUCCUUCUGUAUUAUAAUGUACAUUUUACUAGGGAGAGAAUGUUCCCCGCCUUUACACUAUGCUGUAUACACAAUGAUAUCAGUAUGCUCCUCUGCUGACAGUAGUGUACCACGCACCAUGUGUACGCAGACAGUUACUGCCUCAUUCUGUAAUACAUAUACAGAGGGCCAAUUCAAUUCUGCGUGAUGUGCGGUCACGAGGGCAACAUCGCUUAUUGAGCCUAAUUCAGACCUGAUGGUAGCAGCAAAUUUGUUUGCAGUUCAGUUGGGCAAAACCGUGUGCACUGCUGGUGGGGCAGAUGUAACAUGUGCAGAGAGAGUUAGAUUUGGGUGGGGUGUGUUCAAAAUGAAAUCUAAAUUGCGGUGUAAAAAUAAAGCAGCCAGUAUUUACCCUGCACAGAAACAAUAUAACCCACCCAUAUCUAACUCUCUCUGCACAUGUUACAUCUGCCCCCCCCCCCUGCAGUGCACAUGGGUUUGCCCAACUGCUAACAAAUUUGCUGCUACCAUCAGGUCUGAAUUACCCCCAUUGUCCAACAGCUGUCUGAUGGGCGUAAAACAUCACUCUGAAUUGUAUUGGCCCCAUAUUCCUUAAUCGCUUUUAAUGUCACUUGAUACAUAUCAUCCCAGGCCCCAUAGGACAUUAUUUUGGCUUGUAGAUUUUACUGACUCCACCCACUGCGCAGUAAUCAGAAUACGCCAAAUGUUCUCCAGGCCUAGGAAGUGGACUGCAUUUGCCUCAGUAGAAAGGUAACAUUUGCUGAACAGUUUCAUCUGAUCUACGUUUUCAGGAGCCCCAAAUGUUACGUCACUCAGGGGAAGUAAAUCCCCACUGAUGAUGAGGGUCUAGUUUAUACUGUGCACUGAUGAUAGAUGUGCGAUGUUGUGUGACACUGACCGCCUUACAGCGGUCAGACAUUAUCACUGAGGAAGUAAUACACUGUCAGUCUCACUAAGCCAGCUGUGAUCAUUCACCUGUAGCAACACUUAUUUACAGGACACUUGUGUUGUUUCUGCAACAAGUGUGAGCCUGUGUGUAACCGUCUGCAGCACUCCUAUAAUCCGGGUAUGUUUAGGAAGUACAUUGCCUCCGAGAAGGUCAAUCAUUGUUCUUUGGAUUCAAAGCCCGCACUUUGCUUUGCAAGGGACACUUACUACAUACAUCACCAGUGCCAUUUAAAUGAAGGAGUCAGCAGUACAGUGUAGCCAUCACCCAGGCACGCUGCAGGCUGGCUAUCUGUGAACCAAUGUAAUAUAUUUACUCCGAGCUGGUGACAUCAUUAAAAAUGCCUGCCUGCAGAUGAUUGGUCCACUUUAAGAGUCAGGAUGUGCGUACACGUGUGCUCAAUUUUCAGUUACAUUAUACUGUAAGUUCACUUUUUCCAUCUUUACUUGUUUAUAAUCAGAGCUGCUCAUGAAAUACGGAUAACGUUACCGUGAUAUUGUGCUAAUUGUUAGGCGAUAUCGCACUAGGAGUCUCAUGUAAUAGGCCCUACACACUGGGCGAGAAUACUGAAAGAUAUGAACGACCUCGUUCAUUAAUGAACGAGAUACCAUUCAUAUCUUUCAGUGUGGAGGCAGCAACGAUGAACGAUGCGCGGCCCCACGCUCGUUCAUCGCUGGUGCCCCGUCGCUUGUGCAUGCGGGCAAAUAUGGACGAGUUUGUCCAUAUUUGCCCGCAUUGCUAUGGAGCCGGGUAACGGGGAAGUGAAGAAACUUCACUCCCCCCGUCACUGCCGCCCCCCCCUCCCUCCCUCCGUCGCCGGGUUGCCUGUCGGCCAUAACCGCUGUCGGGCAGCUCGGCAGCGGAUCUGCCAGUGUGUAGGGCCCAUAAGCCUUGUUUUAUAAUGCAGCCAAUCAGAAAUGAGCUUUUAUUAGUGUGUCAUAUAUGAACGCUGAUGUCUGAUUGGUUGCUAGGUGUUACAGUCUGUUCAUGCGGUUUCCAUCUUACUACAGUAGCGUCCUCAUACAUCUAGCCUCAAUACACCACGCGGCGGGAGAUGGCUGGCGUGAGGGCGCUGACAGGUCCUGUGUAAUUCUGAUAACAUCGGGGGUCUCUUUUAUUUGCCGAAAAUGAGUCUUAUUUGCAACGUGAUGUGACGAGGCCUCACGAGGAGACUGUGCUGAUAAUGUGAUAUGUGACACUUACAUAUUUGUCAUGGAAAAAAGCUGCGGCUGCUCCAUUGUAGCACUUCAUAGACAGAUUCAGAGACCCAGGGAUAAGCCCCAGAUGGAUAUAAGGUGGAGAGAGAUAAACUACCAGCCAAUCAGCUCCUAACUGCCAUGUUACAGGCUGGGUUAAAAAAAAAUGACAGCUAGGAACUGAUUGAUUGAUACUUUAUCUCUCCACUUUAUCUCUCUCCAAGGCUUAGUACAUAGGAUCCCCAGUCACACACAGAUAUACAAGAGUCGCAUAUCAAAUUAACCAGCACAGUCUCCUGAUCCAUCCCAGUCACAUUGCGUUGUGUCUAAUAUGCAUUGUCGGCAGAAAGGACGACCUACGCUGGCAGAGUCUCACGGAACAUGGCGUGCCAAUAGGGUCUGUUUGGCGUGACUGCAGCAAAGAUGUAUAAGGACACAUCUGUAUAUAGCUUUAUGUCUGCUGUGGUGCCCAUGUUAUAUCUGUGGUUAUUAUUAUGUUGUAUUGUGUCUUGAAAUGUUGUGAUGCUUCAGAUAUCAGGACGUUUGUGUUUUUGUGACAACAUUCCGUUUAAAUUGUCUGUAAGUUUGGUAGACAAUAAAGUUUCUAUGUAGCGGCCUUUACUGUGA